AUGAUGUCCAAGGACCCUUUUGACGUCUUUCGCCACGACCCCACUGCCGACAACCUCAAGGAGUGCAUCCGCCAGGGCGGCCAUAUAAACCAGGUUAACAACAACGGCGAGAGUGCCAUAGAGUACGCGACCCUUCGUUACCACGACGCCAGAGUGAGUAACGAUACUGCCGAGAUGGAGAAGUGGAAAGCCCUGAUUACGGUGCUCUUUGAGAAUAAUGCCACUGUUCACUGGCGCACAGUGGCUGAGCCCGAGGGCGAUUACCAGACCUGGAUGCGUCAGCUUGUUCACAAUGAACUUACCAUGAUUCUGGGAUUCCAACCCGUGUAG